GGAGGGGGAGGGAGAGAGAGAGAGAGAGAGACCAUUGGCAUUCCCCACAGAAAAGGUAGUGGGAAAAGUUCUUUUUGUACACACUGCGAUGAUGGUGAUGAUGAUGCCUACAAUCUCCCACAGCAACCCACAAAACAAAGAAUUACUCCUGCCCCCCCUUCUCUCUCUCUCUCUCUCCACUCGCUUGUCUGUCUCUCCUCAGUCUUUUGCUCUCUUUUCCUUCCCUUUUCUCACAAGCAUGGUAAAUCUCUUCUUGUUCUCAUCUCUGUCUGUCUCAUCCCAAUGUAAUUUUAGUAAGAAUCAAAACAACCCAUGAAAGGUUGAGUUAGUGGGAGGGAACUCCAAUGGAGAACAACAAGUGUGGGUGUUGGGCAGUUUUCAGGAAGAGUGUUAGAAGUACUUGCAAGCCCGCUGCUUCCAAAGACACUCCCAACACUAUUCCUAGAACCAGUCUUGUUUAUGAUGCAGUUUCUUUAAAUCCAGCUACUGAGACACGAUACCUAAAUGCUAGUAAUCGGGAGAUGUGUGCUCCCAAUGAAGCUCAAAACUCAACUGAUAAUCCCAAUCCUCUGCCAUUAGAAAGCAAAGCUCCUUGCCAGCUACUCCAAUUUACUUUCCAGGAACUAAAGUCUGCAACGGGAAACUUCAGACCCGAUAGUAUUCUUGGGGAGGGCGGGUUUGGGUAUGUCUUCAAAGGAUGGAUAGAGGAAAAUGGAACAGCGCCAGCAAAGCCUGGAUCAGGGAUGACAGUAGCGGUGAAGAGUUUAAAGCCAGAUGGCCUUCAGGGCCAUAGAGAAUGGGUGGCUGAAGUGGACUUUCUUGGGCAGCUUCACCAUCCUAAUCUUGUUAAACUUGUCGGGUACUGUAUUGAAGAUGAUCAGCGGCUGCUUGUUUAUGAAUUUAUGACCCGUGGAAGCCUUGAAAACCAUCUUUUCAGAAGGACAAUACCUCUCCCUUGGUCCAACAGGAUCAAAAUUGCACUUGGUGCAGCUAAAGGGUUAGCAUUCCUCCAUAGCGGCCCUCAACCUGUCAUUUAUAGAGAUUUCAAGACGUCUAACAUUUUGCUUGAUUCGGAAUAUAAUGCAAAGCUUUCAGACUUUGGUUUGGCAAAAGCCGGGCCUCAAGGAGACAAAACACAUGUUUCUACAAGGGUUGUUGGAACAUAUGGCUAUGCUGCUCCAGAAUAUGUAAUGACAGGACACUUGACUUCUAAGAGUGAUGUUUACAGCUUUGGUGUGGUGCUUCUUGAGAUUUUAACGGGGAGGAGGUCGAUGGACAAGAAACGCCCUAGCGGGGAACAGAAUCUUGUUGCCUGGGCUCGGCCAUAUUUAGCUGACAAGCGAAAAGUUUACCAACUAGUUGAUCCUCGCUUGGAACUGAAUUACUCCCUUAAAGGGGUUCAGAAAGUCGCUCAACUAGCUUACAACUGCCUCAACCGAGAUCCAAAAUCGCGCCCCUCCAUGGACGAAGUCAUGAAAGUUCUCACUCCACUGCAAAAUCUCGAUGACAUUGCCGUAUUAUCAUACCACUCUCGUUUAUCGCAACCGGGGAGGCGCAAGAAGAAACCAGAUGGAGGUCAUCACCACCAGCUCAGCCGCAACCAAUCCAAAAGCAUUCGAGACUCUCCGGUGAAUACUAGUAGGCAGCAUUGUAAAUAAAGGAGGGUAAGUCUCUGCCUUUGAUUUGGAUCAACUUACAAUUGAAACCAAAUGAUGGAAAUGGAUGAUUAUGUGAAGUAAUAGCUCGUGGUUGUGUUAUAUAAUUUUUGGGUGUUUGAAAUUUGGCAGAGCCACUUGGUAAUUUAUGUAAGACAAUACACUAUUUUCCUUUCCUUCAAAUUGUGCACGGUAGAAUUGACGUCUAAAAUUGAUGUUUGAUCAGUCUUUGCAACUUGCUUGUCUUCCAAUUGUGAUAUAUCAUUGUAAUUAGAUAAAACGUGCAUUUUGAAGAUUGUUGUUUGCAGCUUCCCAAA